AUGUCUGUCCAAUCCCCAUCAUUUAUCAGGAAUCACUUCUUUAAAUCAAUGGAAGCAAGAUGGGAUCCGGAUUUCUGUUUCAAGACUUUCAGAAUCUUUAAUUCAAGGUUUACGCCGCUGUUUCUGUUGUUUUGCCUUUCGUUCUCGACACUUUCUUCUUCACUUACUAACGAAGAUAACGUGCUCGACGAAAUUACACUCAACAUACAAGACAGAGCUUCACUUCUCCUGUUCAAGUCACAGCUCCAUGACCCGAAUCAAAGAUUGUCAUGGGUCGGUUCGAGUUGCACCAACUGGACUGGGGUGAGUUGCUCGAGAUGGAACGGUCGGGUUGUUGCACUCAACCUCACUGGGUUUAACCUCUCCGGCCAACUUCAUUCAAGCUUGUGUAAACUCUCAUUCCUCGAAACCCUAUAUCUGUCUCAUAACAAUCUCGAUGGCCAGAUUCCAGCUUGUUUUAGUUUGUUUUGGAAUAUCAAAAUCUUGGAUCUUAGUCAUAACAUGUUUAGUGGUGUUAUUCCUGAUACCCUCAUGAAAUUGAGCAGAUUAACCCAUCUUGAUUUUAGCCACAACCUGUUUGAUCAAAUGCUUCCGUACUGGAUUGGGAACUUCUCAAUGAAGCUAGAAAAACUCGAAAUGGGAUUUAAUUCGUUUCGAGGGGGGAUCCCCGAGGGUUUAUUGCACUUGAAAUCACUUAAAUACUUGGGUUUAUCUCACAAUAAUUUCUCCGGUGAUCUCCCGGACUUCCGGCAAGCGUUGGAGCAUCUUAGUCUCGUGUCAAAUUCGUUUUCCGGUACGUUACCUUGUUUAUCAUCAUCGGUUGAAUCACUCUCUUUUCUCGAUUUAGCUGAAAACUUACUCGAAGGUGGAGUUCCGACUUGCAUUUCUUCCCUACGAGCAUUAGAACAUCUUAAUUUGUCGUUCAAUCAUCUAACCUACGAGAUUUCGCCAAGAUUCCUGUUUUCGAAUAGACUUGUUGUUCUGGACUUGAGUUACAAUCAGUUGUCGGGUUAUCUUCCUAAAAAAAUUCUCGACUCACCGGAAAAGUCAGGGCUAAUUGUGCUAGACCUUUCGCACAACCAGUUCUCCGGCGAAAUCCCGCCGGAUUUCACAGAGUUAAAAAGUUUACAAGCUUUAUUUCUCUCCCACAAUCUUCUCACCGGCGAAAUCCCGUCAAGAAUCGGAAACCUAACCUAUCUCCAGGUAAUCGAUCUCUCUCACAACUCGUUAUCCGGUUCAAUCCCUCUAAACAUCGUCGGUUGUUUCCAACUUCUCGCAUUAAUCCUCAACAACAACAAUCUCUCCGGCGAAAUUCAACCGGAGCUCGACGCAUUAGACAGUUUAAAAAUUCUCGAUAUCAGCAACAACAAAAUUUCCGGCGAAAUCCCAUUGACGUUGGCCGGAUGUAAAUCAUUAGAGGUCGUCGAUUUAAGCUACAACAAUCUCUCGGGACCUCUAAACGAUGCGUUGACCAAAUGGUCAAACCUAAGGUACCUUUCUCUUUCACACAACAAGUUCACCGGAGCUCUCGCCAUUUGGAUCUUCAUGUUUGAAUCAAUCCAAACAAUCGACCUCUCCGGCAACAAAUUUUCCGGCGACAUCCCCGACGGGAUUUUCAACCUCAGUUUACAUUUCAACAAUGGCGAAGCUAAAGAAAACCCCAAAGCGCCAUUGUUAGAUAAUAACUUGUUACAUGGUCAAAUCCCAGAAGGGCUAUUUGGUCUACAUGGUUUGGAGUAUCUAAAUUUAUCUUACAAUUUCCUCGAUGGUCAAAUUCCCACAAAUUUGGAGUCAAUGUGGAGGUUAAAGAUUCUCGAUUUAUCGCAUAAUUCAUUAUCUGGUGAAGUCCCGGAAAAUUUAUCGGGGAAUUUGACACAUUUGAAUCUUUCGUUUAAUUAUUUUUCCGGGAUUGUUAAUAAGACGAAAGGUUAUUGGAGAUUUUCGGGGGCGUUUGCGGGAAACCCUAAUUUGUGUGUGGAGUCAUCUGGCGGUGAUGGUGGUGGUGGUGGUGGUUGUCUGACCGGAAAGUUGCCGGAGGAGCCGGAGAGGGUUUACGAAGAGGGGAAAGAAGAUGGGUUGAUAUCGGGAUGGGUGUUUUCAGUUAGUGCUUGUGUUAGUUUUUAUUCGGUUGGAGUUGCUUUGUUUUGUUCAUCAAGAAGUAGGAAUUUUAUGUUUCAGACGAAAGUUUAA